GAUGCUGCUGUUAAAAAUAAAACAAAACUUUAAAAUUUAAACUUUAAUAUUUCAAAACAAUUAAUAUAAUAAUGGCUCAAUUAAAAUUUGAAAAACACUGUGUAUUUGCAUUUAUAUUACGUUUGUUAUUAAUAGCAUAUGGAAAUUUUCAUGAUAAAUAUUUUAAUGUAUCAUAUACAGAUGUUGAUUAUAAAGUAUUUACUGAUGCAUCAAGAUUAUUGAUAAAUGGUGAAUCACCAUAUGAACGUCAUACCUAUCGUUACAGUCCACUAUUAGCAAUAUUACUUGCUCCAAAUAUAUUGAUACAUCGUGACAUUGGGAAAUUAAUAUUUUCAAUAAUUGAUAUAAUCGUUGGUUUGUUAAUUAAAAAAAUAUUAAAACAACGAAAAUGUAUUGAUAAAUUGAGUGAUAUUUGUGCUUUAACAUGGUUAUAUAAUCCAUUAACAAUUGUCAUAUCAACAAGAGGUAAUGCUGAUUCACUUGCUGUUUUAUUUGUAUUAUUAACAAUAUAUUAUUUAUUAAAUGAUAGCCCAUUGUUAUCAGGUAUCUUACAUGGUUUAUCAAUACAUUUUCGUCUUUAUCCAAUUGCAUUUAGUUUAGUUAUGUAUCUUGCAAUACGUAAUCGUAAUGAUAAAUGGUUUUUAUUACCAAAUAAAAAACAAAUUAAACUUGUUGCUGGUUGUAUAUUAUCAAUAACAAUUUUAACUUCUUUUUUUUAUUAUAUUUAUGGAUAUAAAUUUAUUUAUGAAAGUUUAAUUUAUCAUUUAAUACGUAAUGAUUCACGUCAUAAUUUUUCAAUAUAUUUUUAUAUGCUUUAUUUAACAACUGGAAAAAAAUUAAUUAUUGCAAUACGUAUUUUACGUGUGCUACCACAAAUUAUAUUAUUAAUUGGUUUAUCAUUUAAAUAUUCAAAUAAACAUGAUUUAUCAUUUUCAAUGUUGACACAAGCCAUGGUUAUGGUUACUUAUAAUUCAGUUAUAACAUCACAAUAUUUUUUUUGGUAUUUAUCAUUAUUACCAAUUUCAUUGCCAUUUAUUAAAAUGAAUAAUUAUAAAAUAUUUAUUUUAACACUCAUUUGGAUUAUUGGACAAACAAUUUGGCUUUAUUUUGCAUAUUUGUUGGAAUUUUUUGGUAUCAAUACAUUUACAUCAAUUUGGAUGUCUAGUUUAUUAUUUUUUUUUAUUAAUAUUAAAAUAUUAAUUGAUGUUAUUAAGCAUUAUGAUGGAUCAGUUGAAAAAAUUAAAUCA